AAUUUUUUAAAAGGCGUCAAUACUGCCAUUUAUUUUGUUUUAUUACGGGUUAUAAUAUACGCCUGUUUUCUAACAUAUUUACUAAUGGGAGGGCAGUUGACGGCGGAGACAGCCUUUGCCACUAUUGCCUAUUGUAAUGCCAUGCGUUGGACAGUGGGCAAGAAUGCACCCCUGGCCAUCACCGCGUUAAGUGAGCUAAUUAUAGUCAUUAAACGUAUCCAGAAUUUUCUAUUACUCGAAGAGAUGAGUGGUUUGGAUGAGAGGGAAGGGAAAGACAACGAGGCGUUCAUUUCGGGGGGAAAUGAGAUAAUUCUCGGAGUAAUGGAAAACACUUCGAGUAAUGAAGAAAAAGGCGUUUUUAUGGACAAAAUGAGCGUUCGUUGGAAUAAUGAAACGACUGAACCC